CAAACUGAAGGCAUGAGGAUCCACAGCCUCACCCUGCUGUCCUUCCUCCUCCUGGCUGCUCAGGUGUUCUUGGUGGAGGGCAAAAAGGAAGUAAAGAAUAGACGUGUCAACAAAGCCACCACUCUGGGCAAGCCCCAGACUGAGCAGAGAAGCCAGCCACCAAAGUACCUGAUCAAGGGCAAGUUGGUCACCCAAGACCAGGCCGACUGCACAUGGGUGGUGACUGAGGAGAAGGGCAUCGUCCUGAAGGUUGAUUGCACCCGACUAGAUGAGAAGUUUUCCUGUUUCUUUACUGGCAACCCAGCCUUGUGCCUGGAGUUGAACAAAAAGAGCUAUUGGAAACAAAUUGGCAGGAGCCUGCGUUCUCAGAAGGUCAUCUGUGGGGAUCCCAAGAGCGUCCUGAAGACCAGGGUGUGCAGAAAGAAGUUUCCAGAAUCUAAUCUCAGGCUGGUGAACUCUACUCUAAUUAGGAAGAAAUCCAGCCAGGAGACCAUGGAGCCGCCUUCCACCGAGCAGAGCAUAGACAAUGAGGCCUCCCUCGUGGAGCCUGACAAGGUCAAAGAGAACACCCUCUCUGGCCCUGCAGAGUCCAAGACCUGGGGCUCCAAUGACCCCGAGUGCCUGGACGACCCGGACAUGGCAAAGCAGAAGAAGGCAGCCGAGGAGUACUGUGGGCAGUACUGGAGCUCUUUCUGCAAAUUCUUCAUGAUCAUGGUGGAGGGCAAUUCAUGCUAA